AUGUCUAUGGAUGAUUCCCAACAAGGGUUUAUCAAAUGCCCAGACUGUGAUUUUAUAUCACUUUCUCAAGGUGGUCUUAGAGUUCAUCGCUCUAAGAGUCAUAAAAUUAUAAUCCCAGAUGAUGUUAAGUCCCUGUAUGUUGAACGUAUUUUUCCCGAAGGGAAACCUGUCUAUUGUUGUUUAUGUGAUGUCACAAUUGGUUCAAUUGCAAAUUUUAGAAGGCACGUGAAAAAUAAUCAUGAGAAUAUUAAAUUGUUUGAAUCGGCCAUAUGUAAUAUAUGCGGUAGGAAAUUCCCGAAGGGUCAUGGCGCGGGCGUCGACCUCCAACGUGAUCACAAAAUUGGAUCUAAUAAUUCAUAUCCUCAUUCUCCUACCCCAGUCAUGUAUUUCACCGACAGAGAGAAUUCCAACACCCCUCGGAGUAGUCGUAGAUUGAGUAGAAUAUCGAAUUUAUUACCAUCAACACGUAGCCAGGAUACCUGUCAUGUGCGCGAUUCUAGUGUUCACAGUUCCACUAAUCCCAAUGACAAUACUCCCGAUAACAUUCCUGUACAGCGCCAAUCUUCCCCCAUUAUUCCCAAUCAGUCCCUUAACCCCUGCGCCCUCAUCCCUCACCAUCCGUGCUCCCUUCCCAAUCACCCCAUCAACAACAUCCCUCAAUCGAUCCUUUUGGAUUUAGACCCUGAAGAUGACCCGGAUGAAGAUUCAUUAGAUUCCACACAUUCCCCACCUCGACCCACUAUCGCCAAUCCCUAUCAUACUUCCUUCAACAAUCGCCUGAACCAUUGGUCGCCUUAAGUGGUUGUACUGACGUGAUCGGAGAUUUCCCAUCCCAGUUACCAGUGGCCUCUCCUGAAAGGAUUCCCUCCCAGCUUCCGCCAAACCACCCAGAUCUUGAAGAUCAACCUUUCCCAAAUACCAGUUCCCCACCUAAACCUUCACCGAGUAUUUCCUUUCCCAAACAUCACCUUAACCCAUCCCUUGAAGCAGUGGUCUUCUUAAAUGAUUGUACUGCCGUGAAGAGGGUUAUACCUCCCCCUCCACUGAACCCCAUUCCAACUCCGAUUACCUUCCAAGCCCCAAAUGACCCGCCGAUUAUUUCCCAACCAAUUCAUUCCCAUCAACCAUUUACUGAUUCAUCGGUCGCCUUUAGUGGAUGCACUGAUGGGUUCAGUGAUGCUCCCAAUCCAAACCUCUCGUUUAACCUUACCCCUCCUCCUCCGUCUCUAACAACUGAUGUUGAGGAUCCCCCCAAUGGCUCGGUUACUGUUAACCCAUCUGCUCCACCAUCUGAUGAAAUCCCAUUCCACCCAAAUCCUGAUGUUGAAAAUGUUCCAGAAUUCGUAAGAAUUUGGUCGAGCAAAAUUACAUCUGCCUCGGACUUUGAUGCUUUCUGCAAUACGUGCGAAGACCUUGCUACAGCGGUUGUUGAUAAGGGGACGGAAAUGUCGAGUAAUAACUCUGGUCGAAGAAGAACUCCCAGACCUGCAUCGAAUCGUCCUAACCGAAGAGACCCCCAUCCUAAUAGAUCUAGGCUUAAAAACAACCCGAUUGAAGCAAGACGUCUCCAAACGCUGUUCCGCAUUUCAAAGAAGAGAGCUGCUCGUAAAGUUCUGAAAGAUAACACGACGGUUUAUACCGGUUCGACGGAUCAAGCACAUCAGUAUUUUUCGGACACAUUUGCUACCAAGCAUGUUGACAUUGAUGAUUUAGUUGAGUCUUUGCAUAAAAACGUCCCAUCUGCCAAUGAAGAUCCUAAUCUUAUGGCCUUGUUUACUGCCAAAGAUAUCAGACGUAAGUUGAUGUCAAUGUCUAACUCGGCUCCUGGGAAAGACAGAGUUGAAUACCGUCACCUUAAACUGGUAGAUCCUAAUGGCUCGUUGCUGCAACUAGUUUUCAAUCGUUGUUUGUCGGAGAAGAAAAUCCCCAAUAUCUGGAAGCAGUCAACAAUAAUCUUGAUAUACAAGAAAGGAGACAGUAGUGAUCCAAGCAAUUUCAGACCCAUUGCGCUGAUGUCAUGUUUGUAUAAACUGUUCACCUCUCUGUUGUCAUCCCGUAUUUCUCAAUUUGCCGUUGCUAACAACUUGAUGUCACCUCAUCAGAAGAGUGCCAGACCAUCUGAAGGUUGUCAUGAGCAUACCUUUACUCUUCAGUCAAUUGUAGCAGAUUGUAAAAGGAAUAAUAAGAACUGUUUCUUUGCAUGGCUUGACCUGCGUAAUGCGUUUGGAAGCAUCUCACAUGAAGCAAUAUACGUCACUUUAUCACACAUGGGAUUCCCUGAUUCUUUAGUUGAUCUUAUAAAGGACAUUUACUCGAAUGCUACCACAACAGUUAGAACCUCACAGUCUGAAGAAACCAAUCCGAUUGAUAUCAACGCCGGUGUUAAGCAAGGUUGUCCUGUUAGUCCCAUUCUCUUUAAUCUAACAUCAGAACUAUUAAUCCAAUCUGUAGUCUCAAAAUGUAACGAGAACCCGGACAUCCAUUUCAAGCUGCACGGCCAACCUAUUUCCAUCUUAGCUUACGCGGAUGACUUGGUGCUAAUUAGUAGAAACAAAGAAGGUCUCCAAGAGAUUCUUGAUGCGGUUUCUGUGGCUGCCAAUGUUCUUGGAGUUGUCCUUCAGACCAGACAAAUGCUCCACACUAGCUUUAACUUGUGGAAAGAAAGAACCAUCUCGUGUGAGUAA